ACGCUUGCAGUGUGGAUGGGUUUGUCAGUCAGGUGAUCGGUCCGCCAUUUUGUCAGCCAUUUCCUAGACGGGUCCGCUGCAGAUCAGCAUUUACAGAAAGAGCAAAACCCCUCCUGCACAGGCCGCUGUUCGGGACUGAAUGAGAGACUAGCGCUCCUGCGGGCCGGUCAGUACUCAGAUAAAGUCCGUGUUUGCGGUUCGGUCCGGUAGGACAGGAGGGAAAUCAUCAUGGCUCUGAAGAUCGUGAAGGGAAGCAUCGAUCGGAUGUUCGAUAAAAACCUGCAGGAUUUAGUACGUGGCAUUAGGAACCAUAAGGAAGAUGAGGCCAAAUACAUCUCUACAUGCAUCGAUGAGAUCAAACAAGAACUCAAACAGGACAACAUCGCUGUUAAAGCCAAUGCAGUCUGCAAGCUCACCUACUUGCAGAUGCUUGGCUAUGAUGUCAGUUGGGCUGCGUUCAACAUCGUGGAGGUGAUGAGCUCCUCCAAAUUCACAUAUAAGCGAAUCGGAUACCUUGCGGCAUCACAAUGCUUUCAUGAGGGCACUGAUGUCAUCAUGCUGACGACCAAUCAGAUCCGCAAGGAUCUCAGUAGUCCCAACCAGUAUGACACCGGCGUGGCUCUGACUGGCCUUUCCUGCUUUGUGACCCCCGACCUGGCUCGUGACCUGGCCAAUGACAUCAUGACUUUGAUGUCCCACACUAAGCCAUACAUUCGCAAGAAGGCGGUGCUGAUCAUGUACAAAGUGUUCCUGAAGUACCCCGAGUCCCUGCGUCCUGCCUUCCCACGACUCAAAGAGAAGCUGGAGGACCCAGAUCCCGGGGUCCAGUCAGCUGCUGUGAACGUCAUCUGUGAACUGGCCAGAAGAAAUCCUAAGAACUACCUUUCCUUGGCGCCCCUGUUCUUUAAACUCAUGACCUCCUCCACCAACAACUGGGUCCUUAUCAAGAUCAUUAAGCUGUUUGGUGCUCUCACUCCUUUGGAGCCUCGUUUAGGAAAGAAGCUGAUUGAGCCCCUAACAAACCUCAUCCACAGUACCUCGGCCAUGUCGCUUCUAUAUGAGUGUGUCAACACGGUGAUAGCAGUGCUGAUCUCACUGUCUUCUGGGAUGCCCAAUCACAGUGCUAGCAUACAGCUCUGUGUGCAGAAACUGCGAAUCCUGAUUGAAGACUCGGACCAGAACUUGAAGUACUUGGGUCUUCUGGCCAUGUCCAAGAUCCUGAAGACGCACCCAAAAUCCGUGCAGUCGCACAAGGACCUGAUCCUUCAGUGUUUGGACGACAAAGAUGAGUCCAUCCGCCUGAGAGCCCUGGAUCUGCUCUACGGCAUGGUCUCAAAGAAGAACCUAAUGGAGAUUGUGAAGAAACUCAUGCUGCAUGUGGACAAAGCAGAAGGCACUACUUACCGAGAUGAGUUGCUCACCAAGAUCAUUGACAUCUGCAGCCAGAGCAACUACCAGUAUAUCACAAACUUUGAGUGGUACAUCAGCAUCCUGGUAGAACUUACUCGUCUGGAGGGCACAAGGCACGGCCACCUAAUCGCCUCUCAGAUGCUGGACGUCGCCAUUCGCGUCAAAGCCAUCCGGGGCUUUGCCGUGGCUCAGAUGGCCACUCUGCUGGACAACGCACACCUGCUGACCGGCAACACGCAGCGUAACGGCAUCUGCGAGGUUCUCUAUGCUGCUGCGUGGAUCUGUGGGGAGUUCUCCGAGCAUCUGGAGGACCCCAUGCAGACCUUGGAGGCCAUGCUGAGACCCAAAGUGGCCACCCUGCCUGGACACAUCCAGGCAGUGUAUGUACAAAAUGCUGCCAAGCUGUUUGCGACUGUGCUGCAGAAGCAUGAAGGGGAGACCGAUAGCCAGGCAGCGCAGGAGACCAGCCAGCUGCUUAUAGAAAGACUGCCGCUGUUCGUCCAGAGUGCCAACCUGGAAGUGCAGGAGAGGGCGUCCUGCAUCCUCCAGCUGGUGAAGUACAUCCAGAAGCUGCAGCAGAAGAAUGUGGAGGUGGCCGAGGAAGUGACGGCUCUCUUCGCCGGAGAGCUCAACCCCGUGGCCCCCAAGGCCCAGAAGAAAGUGCCUAUACCAGAAGGUCUGGAUUUGGACGCCUGGAUCAAUGAGCCUCCAUCAGAGAGCGAGUCUGAGGACGAGAAGCCCAAAGCGGUGUUUGCUAAAGAAGAACCCAAACAUUCCAGAUCAAGACACACUGAGGUGGACGAAAAAGAGUUGGCCAGGAGGAGGGAAGUCAGGAAGCAGGAACAGGCCAACAACCCAUUCUACAUCAAGGCCUCGCCAUCAUCUCAGAAGGUGUACGAUGCGCCAGGUGUAGAACACAUUCCGGUGGUGCAGAUCGACCUUAGUGUGCCUCUCAAAGUCCCAGGGAUGCCCAUGUCCGACCAGUACGUGAAGCUGGAGGAGGAGCGCCGGCAGAAGGAGAAGGCGGAGAAGAAGAAGAAGGAAAAGAAGAAAAAGCGGGAGAAGCGUGGGAAAGGGAGGAAGGCGGAUUCGGGUCCCGAGAGCGAAGAAGACAUCACGCCUGCUCACCAUGUGGACAUAGUCACAGAGGAAAUGCCAGAGAAUGCCUUACCGAGUGAUGAUGAUGAUAAAGAUCCCAAUGACCCUCAUAAAGCUCUGGACAUCGAUCUAGACAAUCUUCUAUCUGGUACUAGCUCAAGGCCGCUUGCAGACAGCGAGAAGCUUCCCGUGAGGACCCACCGUCCAGAGGUGCUGAAGAGCCCUGCUGAGGACCGAGACAACGAGAGCAUCCCACAGGAGUCCAAGAAGAAGAGCAGUAAGGAGAAGAAAGAGAAGAAGAAAGACAAGGAGAAGGACAGGAAGAGGAGCAAAGAGGAAAAGAAGAAAAAGAAGAAACACAAAGAAGUGGAGGAGGAGCCUAUGGAGUCCCAGCCAGAAGAGGCCAUCCAAUCAGAGGACAGCAAAGAGAUGGCAGCUCCACCCACAUCUACUGAAGCCUCGGAUCUGGAUUUCUGGCUCUCUAGCGCUCCUGUUCCCCCCGCCGCCCAGGAGGUGACGGCACCCUCGUCUGCUGCUGCUGUCGACACAAGCCCUGUGGCCGCCGCGGAAUCUGAGCCCGAUGAACCUAAAGACACAGAACCGGAGGACACGAAAUCAUCUAAACACAAGAAGAAGAAGCAGAAGAAAGAAAAGGAGGAGAAGGAGAAGAAAAAGAAGAAGCGACACCACCACCACCAUCACCAUCACAGUGACGGCGGCGGGGAGGAUUCGGUGCAGAAUGGUACUGUUGAGGACGAGGAGCCUCUGCCGCCCAUGUCCAACUACUCUCUGCUGGCCGAGAACUCCUACAUCAAGAUGAUGAAGGAAGAUGCUGAUCAGGUGUAUGAUAUCCAGGGCAACCAUCAGGAUGAGAGCAAAGUUGUGGUGUCGGUCAUCUUUGAGAACAAGAGCGACAGCUUCCUCAAGUCAAUGGAGUUCAAUGUGCUGGAUUCCCUCAACUCCAAACUGCAGCGGCCGGAGGGAGCCGGACCUCACGAUGGCCUCACCGUCCCCUUCCAACUGCCACCAGGGGUUUCAAACGAGGCCCGCUUCGUGUUCUCGGUGCAGAGUAUCGUCAUGCCUCAGAAACUAAAGGGAACGCUCACCUUUAUAGUUAAGUCUGAAGAAUCCUCCACUCAUGAGAAACUGGACUUCAAACUGCACUUUACAUGCACGUCAUACCUGAUCACCACUCCCUGCUACAGUGACGCGUACGCUAAGCUGCUGGAGUCGGGCGACCUGAAGGGCAGCUCUCUACGGCUAGAGGGGGUCAACAUGCCCUUCCACCACCUGCUGGCCAGGAUCUGCUUCCACCAUCACUUCUCUGUUGUGGAGAGGAUUGACUCCUGCGCCUCCAUGUACAGCAGGUCGAUCCAGGGUCACCACGUCUGUUUGCUGGUCAAAACCUCCGAUCAGACCGUCUCCAUCGACGCCAAGUGCGACGAGCCAUCGCUGCUGGGGAAUGUUCUGGACGAAAUCAAGCAGACCUUCUCGAAGUGCUGAUUGUGACCCCUCACCGCCCAGAAACCCCCCGAACCCCCACACGCUCAGAAUCAUAUACCCUGCUCUGAGACUCGUGUCCCCCCCCCCCCCCUCUGAACCUUUGUAUUUAUUGGAUCGUUCUCUGUUCUUCUUUUUAGACCACAAAUUUCAAGCCCAUCUCUUGCCUUUGUUUCCCUUCCUCGACUGUGUCUGACGUGCAUCUGAUCUCACACUUCAUCCUGCAUCCUUCGUCUCUCUGACACUCUUUCCAUUGUCUUAACGGUCCAUGACAUUCAUCUUGAUUGAGAACUGGAUUUUUUCAUUGUCGAUGCUUGAGUUGUGUGCUUUUCUUUUUUUUUUAAAUGCUUUGCGUUGUGUUGUUUGUUGAGUUUGUUUUUCUGUCCUGAACUCCAUCAGCGCCUUUCUCUGCAUUAAACAUCAGCGUGUCUGUUUCUUACCAGGUUUGUGUUGCUCUUUUCGAAGGCUAGCCCUUGCAGGACUGGUUUAAGACUAGAAACACCCUACCCACAACUGCCUCUGAGCACUAAUGUCACUCCGAGCCUCUCAAGUGCAGUUGCGCAUUUCGUUAGGACUUACAGGUACACAGGGUUGCAUUCUAGACCAUGUUUAUACUUGCGAUCCCAUGUGAUAUUAGUGAAAUCAUGUGAUGGCCUACUGCUAAUUGUGUCCUAAUGUUGACGGUUAACUACAAGAGCAUUUAAUUAACAAAACUGCACACUAACAAACCUUUGCUCAGGAUAAUGGCGGUUAAUAAAUGUGGCAAAAUGAACAAUUUUCACUCAACUCUCAAAUCCGAUAUAGUAAUUCUUGUACUUUUAUGUUGCGGUUAAUGAUCUCCAUCAGGAUGAAAUCUCCAGGUUGCUUGUUUACCUCAGAAUAAUUUUGAUUUGUACUUCAGUUUGUGAAAAAACACCAAAAAUGCAGUUACAUACUCAAUGGGUCAAGCGUACACAAUAUACAUGAUUUAACAAUGAAAGUAUAUAGGGCAACUAAAACUACACUUGCCCCAUUGACUUCCAUUGUAAGAUUGUGUAUAUGUACUAUUGUUUUUUUGUUUGUUACGAACUGAAGUAUGCACUAAACUAUAUUCCUUAAACAUGCCAUUUAACACAUUAAAAAUAUCUCAUGUUUCUGGACAGUAUUACAUCAAAGUCAUCCCUUGUGUUUCUAAAACUUGUUUCAAGUAUAUAAGGGAGCCUAAAACUUAAAUGUGCACUUCCUUGGUCUAUCACGUCUAUCAAAUGCCUCUGUGGCUUCGACAUCAUCCAAACUCAUGCUUCUACAUGUGUUUUUCAGCUCUUUGAACUGCCGUCUUGUACAUUUGCAGAUUUUUUUUUUUUUUAAAUAUGCUGUUAAAAAGGCCUUUUUUUCCACACUAAUGAACUUGUACUGACUAAUUCAUGCUGUAAGUAAUUCCUGUGUUUAACUGUCUGAUCCAGCACGCUGUAGCGCUCGGUUGUAAGGACGCAACCAAAGUAGUGGUUAUCUGCUCACGAAACGUUAUCCUGAGGGUACCUUGCAAGUGUUUUCCAACGUACGAGUGAGUUCAUCAACAAGAAGUGACUUGAAUUGAAAGUUUACGGAAAACGGCAUCUCUAGUGGUUUCCAGGUCGUGUAAAGACAGAAUCAUCUGAUGUGGAUGAAAGCGACUUUAUUAAUUAACAAGUCUGAAUUUUGUGCUACAAGUCACAUUGAAAUGUAUAACUUGCAUGGGUAGGAAUGUAAACGUUCGCCUACUUUUUUGUUUUGUUUCGACUAAUACAUGAACACUUGCAUAGAAAAAUGCCCUGUCAUUCCUUGAUUGUCGCAAUUAUUUUCUAGUUUCCUUUUUUACGUAAAAGUUGGCUUCACCAUAUUACACCUUUUGAUGGUAAAAUGUAUUUUUAUUUGUUAUGAGUACAUAAACUUCAAAAAAUGUCUUGGAAUGUUUUUAAAAAUUGCAUUUUGCAUUAAAUUAUUAUUAUAUAUAUUAUAUAUCUCAAUAGAGGGGGUUUGGGGGGUUCAUAUAGAUAUGAAUACUUAGCCGUUAAAUGUGAUUCAAGUGAAGUGGCCCAGCUAAUCUAAUAAGGUUUUCCCUCUGGCAAGUUAUAGUGCAGAUAUUGCUGGAUUUGGCUUUUCAUUAAAUAUACUCUCAUUGCUCUUCGUUUGAAGGUACUGUCCAACUCCUUCAUAUGUAUUUUCCGACUGUAUGAUGUAAUAUAAUGUUUUAAGAUGAAUAAAUGAGCUAAAAGAAUGACCAA